AUGAUAGUUAAACCUACGUUCGGUGUUUAUACACCACUAGUCACGUUCUUCCAGGAUGAUGAAUCCCUCGAUCUCAAAAGCACUUUGGAGCAUGCGAGGCGCAUGGCUGAAGGUGGCGUCGCUGGUCUUGUUCUUCAGGGGAGCAACGGAGAGGCUCCUCACCUGGAUCAUGGCGAACGCAAAUCUCUGGUACGCGCUGUCCGCGACCACCUUGACCAUCAGGGCUAUACAGGAUUGCAGUUGAUUGUCGGUUGCGGCGCACCUAGUGUGCGAGAAACUUUAUCCUAUAUUGCAGAGGCUAAAGCUUCCGGCGCCAAUCUCGCUCUUGUAUUACCACCGGCAUACUGGGUUGCAGCCAUGAAUGCAUCCGUUAUUGAAAACUUCUUCCUCGAUGUUGCAUCUCAGUCCGAGCUUCCGAUCCUCAUUUACAACUUCCCUGGCGUGACGGGAGGUAUCGAUAUCAGUUCCGACUCCAUCAUCCGCCUAGCCAAAUCCAUCCCGAUGAUUGUUGGGUGCAAGCUCACCUGUGGCAACGUUGGAAAGCUCCAACGUGUCUCAUCAGCACUUUUAGGGACAUCAUUUGCUACAUUUGGUGGAAAGUCGGACUUUUUUCUACCUGCUCUCGUCGCUGGGUCGAACGGGAUUAUUGCUGCACUUGCCAACAUUGUACCCAAGCUACAUGUAAAGGUAUUGAGGUACUAUGAGAAGGGCGAGCUUCCGGCAGCACAAGAGCUUCAAUCCAAGCUUAGUCAUGCCGACUGGGCCCUCACCAAGGUGGGCAUUGCGGGUGUCAAAGCUAUUGUAUCUCAUCAUUUCGGAUACGGUACAGGUCGGGGACGCAGACCAUUGGGAAACGUAGAAAUCACGACCAUGAGUCAAGAAAUUGUGGCUCCCAUCAACGAGGUGAUUGAGCUGGAGAAAAGUAUGUGA